UCUUUGGUUGCAAGCUUUCUUUGGUUUCACACCAUAUUAUUUUUCAUAUCACUUCGCCAUUGUCAUUAUAUAAAGACAUACAGAUUAUUGUUGUUCAUAUACAACUAUAUUCUUGGACAAGUUCUGAUUUCUUCUUCUGCUUCUAGGGUUUCUCUUUGUUGGGCUUGAUUUUCUUCGGCAAUCUUAUCUGCUUCCAAGCUUUGAUCACUGCAACGAAUUUUCCGUGCCGAAGCUUGCUCUGUUUGGAAGCUCCGAAUUUCUCUGUUUAUCUGUGGGAGGGUUCUUGAAUCCCUUUUUCGUGUUCGUCAUGUUUCUACCAGUCAACUUUCUCUGACUUCCCUGUUUCUUAAAUGGAUUUUAAAACCCUAAUUCUAUACGAAAAAGAGCUCUGUUUUUAACUGAACUUUGAUCAAGGAUGGCCAUAAAGGCAAUUGAAUUGUUGAAAGGCGGUGAAAACCAUGAAGAGAUAAUGGAGGUUCUUGCAGCAGUGGCUGCAGAUUUGGGAGAUGUAAUAGAUGAUCUGAACUCUUUGCUGGUAAAACCUCUAAAAGGAGCAAUGACCAAUGAGGUUUUUGAGGUAAAUUGGCCAACCAAAAGUGAUGGUCAUCUGAGAAAGGUUCUGGUUCGAUUAUAUGGUGAAGGUAUUGAGGUUUUCUUCAACAGGGUUGAUGAAAUCCAAACCUUCGAAUCCAUGUCAAAGCAUGGACAGGGUCCACGCCUUCUUGGACGGUUCACCACUGGCAGAGUUGAAGAGUUCAUUCAUGCCAAAACACUCUCAGCUGCGGACCUCCGUGACCCUCAAAUAUCUGCUUUGGUAGCAUCUAAGAUGAGAGAGUUUCACAAUCUUCACAUGCCUGGUACAAAGAAGGCACAGCUUUGGCAGCGAUUGAGGAAAUGGCAUAGUCAUGCCAAAAGUCUGUGCUCUCCAAAAGAUAUUAAGAAUUUUGGCCUGGAACAUCUAGAUACUGAAAUAAAUAUGCUUGUGGAGUUGCUAUCACAAGGAUAUCAAGAGAUUGGUUUUUGUCACAAUGAUCUACAAUAUGGUAACAUAAUGAUGGAUGAAGAUACAAGGGCAAUCACUUUAAUUGACUACGAAUAUGCCAGUUACAACCCUGUUGCAUACGAUCUAGCAAAUCAUUUCUGUGAAAUGGUGGCAAACUAUCACAGUGACCAACCUCAUGUUCUUGACUACACUAAAUAUCCCGGUCUUGAAGAGCGUCAAAGGUUUGUUUAUAAUUAUUUGAGUUCUGAAGGUAAGGAACCAAGCAGCAGUGAAGUGGAACAGCUAGUUAAUCUUGCAGAAAAAUACACUCUUGCCAACCAUCUAUUUUGGGGCUUAUGGGGACUUAUUUCGAGUUAUGUCAACACAAUUGACUUUGACUACAAGGAGUAUGCAAGGCAGAGGUUUCAGCAGUACCGGUUGAAGAAGGUUACUUUAUUGGACUCUCCAAGCGUCAUUUCCGAACAUGGAAUGGUCAAAGGUUCACACCAUUGACAUGAUUGCUUCUUUUGUACUUAGUGUAGUUCUCCUUGGUAUGUAUGGAUUAAUAAUGUAGAUAGGAAUGCAGUGAUGCAUAAAAUCUGUAAAUAAAUAAUAAGUAUAAUGUGUGAUGGGUUUUUCCUAUAUUAAAACAGUUGUUAUAAUCCCUCCGUUUGGAAUAGGUUGAGGAAUGAAAGGAAAAUGCCUAGUUGUGUUGUCA